CCGCAACAAGCAAGAAGUGUGGAGGUCCGUAAUAACACGGCGGGACUUUUUUCGUUGAGAAAAUGCCGAAACGAGCUUGUCCUUUCCCGGAAACCUUCUCCUCUCAGUACAAAAUACACGUCGGACAACGGGAACUGAACAAUUACGGCGUGUUUGGGAACAAAUACAGGCAAGAAAUCUACGAAAAGACAAAGAACUUGCUCUUCAACGGUGCGAAAGCUGUGAUGGGCAAAAUAUGGACUGGAGAGGAGAGAUGCACCGACCCGCAGCAAACUGGACAACCUGAUACACCUGUAAGCAACCAGACACUGCUGAGAGGACAGACACUGAUUGGACAUGAUGGGAGACUGACAAGAGCUAAUCCUGCACCAGGUGCACCAGCAGCUCCUGCAGGCUGCUGUGUGUGUCAGAAGAGCCAGGGGUCCAGAACACCAUGCUCUCAAUGUGACCGUCUCGCCUGUUCCUCCUGUACCCGACAGUGCUCCAGCUGCUCCAGCCUCUGCUGCUCUGUCUGCACCAUCAUAGACUACAGUGGGCAAUAUGACGAAGUACUGUGCUGCAGCUGCUCAACGUGAAGGAACUCUUGGAGGAAUCAGAAGUUUAUGCUUGAAUAUAUGUAGUUGCCUUACAUGAUAUUACUAAGACUGCAUUUUAUACCUGUGAUUUUUUUUUUUUUUUAUGUGAUCCAAAUGUUUUCAUGUAUAUAUGUAUUGCAUCCCAAAAGUAACUGAAAUAAACUUGAACUCUUUUGUAAA